AUAAUCUAUAGAACAACACAUGGGCAAAUUCCGCACAGAAUAGCAGAUUACUCCACAUAGCAUAAACAUCUCUUCAAGUUCACGAGUAGCCAACUUUAAAGCAAGCCUCCUGAAGCGCAUCAUAGGAUGUUAAUAUAUAAAAAAGCAGGCAUCAGAGGUGCCUGGAUACAGUGGUUCAUAUGCACCCUUUCACUUCUUCAUGGAGUAAUAUCCGAAACCGGUAGAGCACUGGAUAUAAUGACAAAAUAUCCACUGAUUGAUGGACACAAUGACCUGGCAUUACGUCUGAGAAUGUACCAUAAUAACAAACUGAGCACUUUCAAUAUGCACAACAAUUCUAAGGUGGCUACAGAUAUUAAUCGCCUCAUUGCUGGCCAUGUUGGAGGACAGGUUUUUGCGGCAUACGUGAUGUGCACGGCUCAGGACAAAGACGCUGUCAGACUGACCCUGGAACAGAUUGAUGUAAUUCGUCGUAUGUGUACUGAAAACCCAGAGAUGGAACUGGUCACCACAGCAGAAGGAAUGAGGAAUAGUACAAAAAUCGCAUGUCUAAUCAGUAUAGAGGGAGGCCAUUCCAUCGACAGCAGUUUAGCAGCACUACGCAUGUUCUACCAGCUUGGAGUAAGAUCCAUGGCCCUCACACACAACUGCAACACCCCAUGGGCUGGGAGCUCAUCUAGUUAUUACAAAUAUUACCAGCAGAAUAAUAACAGCCUGACAGAUUUUGGCAAGGCAGUGGUGAAUGAGAUGAACAGGUUGGGAAUGCUGGUUGAUCUGUCCCAUAGCUCAUGGGAGACAGCCAGAGCUGUGCUGAAACAUUCCACUGCUCCGGUUGUUUUCACCCACUCUUCAGCCUAUGCUAUCUGUAACAAUAUUCGCAAUGUACCGGAUGACCAGCUGCUGCUGCUGAAAGAAAACGGCGGGCUUAUCAUGGUGAACUUCUACAGCACAUUUGUAGCAUGUUCAAAUAACACAAACGUGUCUGUUGUGGCUGAUCAUUUCGAUCAUCUAAAGCGGGUGAUUGGAGCUGAAAGCAUCGGGAUUGGAGCAGACUUUGAUGGUGCACAAGGAUUCCCUAAAGGCUUGGAGGAUGUUUCCAAAUAUCCAGCACUAAUUAAGGAGCUGAUAUCAAGGAACUGGACUGAGGAAGAGCUGGCAGGAGUGCUAAGACUGAACUUCCUCAGAGUGUUCCAAAAGGUUGAGAAGGUACGUGAUGAUAUGCUGCACAUUUUACCCAGUGAAGCUGAGAUCUCACUUUCAGAAGUAAACCAGAGCUGUCGUGCGAAGCUGGUCCAUCCAGGUAGACCUGAAAGUAGCCAUCGAAAUGGAAACGCUCCAUUAAUGCCUGUGAAAGCAUUAAUCUGCUUCAUAUUACUUCUGAUGCACUUACAGUAAUCUAAUAAUGAAUCAUCCAGAGACAGUAUACAAAUUAAAUGUUUCCCACAGACUGCUUAGCCAACACUUGAUUUAAAAUCUCAACAAGACCAGGAGUACAUUCGCUGACUGAAACUGACAC